CAAUACUGCUAGAUUUCACAACUCAAAAUGGAUUUCAAUGUUUCAGGAUUGACCUAUGAUGAACUACAAGGAGAGAUACAUUAUGAUACUCGAAAGAAAAUGAUAAAUAGAUGCAUGAUGAACUUGGCCUACGAAAUAAUAAUAUUUCUAAUAAUCUCUACACUUUUCUACCUUGGGAGAAAUGAAGAUUGAUAUCUAUCUAUAAAUUCUUUCUGAAAGACAUCAUUAUAAUUGUGAAAGGUGGAAUAGUGAUUCCCUUAGUCCUAAUGAUAAUGAUAUUACUAUCUUACAACUACUUAAACACUGACCAGGUAGAAAUGAUCGCAUCAUUGAUUACUAUCCCUUCAAGUGGCUGGUUUUGCUAUGUUGCAAGCUUGUACUUUAGCAAGGAAAAUACUUGUAAAACUGAUGCUAAACAUUUGUUCUAUCUUCAUUCGAUUCUAGCUCUUGAAGCAAUAUGGUUCUUCUGCAAAUUAUUCCUCAUAGUGAUCCUUCUCUCAGGAAUCCUCCUUUCAAUGCUUAUCAGGAACUAUCUCAACUGAAGGAGAUCCAAUCGCCAAAAGAAGACAGUAAAGGAAAAGAUAUUUGGGCGAAAAUCCCUAGAUGUCUCCUUCUCUAAAAUAAACCCUGAUGAAUUUUGUAUUAUCUGAAUGGAGGUAUAUAAGCCACAAGACCAGAUGAUAAGACUGCCAUGAACACAGAAGCACUUCUUCCAUUCGAAGUGAAUAGGAGAUUGGAUUUCAGUGACCCCUAAAUGCCCUCUCUGAAACAUCGAUAUUGACGCUAGUAUGUCUGUUUCUAAUGAAUCAUAAUGGUGUGACCCAUAAUUAGCCAACCU